UGUUUCUUUUCAUUUGUUGUUCGUAUAUCUGUUGACUCUAAGGAAGAAAGAGGAUCGAAUUUAGUUGAAAAUUUUGCUUUAUUUCAACGUGUGUUUUCUUUUCUCUUCAAUUUAAAGCAAGAAUUCUCAAGUGGUUCGGCUCUGAUUUUAUCUUGGUGGUUCAAUUUCUGUUGAAAUUUGAGUUUUUACAGGCGGGUUUUGAUUUUAAAAAAAAGAAAAAAAGAAGAAGCUUCCUUUAUUGAGGAUUCCUUGUUUUGUGAAAAUAAGAUCUGAUUUUGAUGUCUAACAUGGGGUUUUCAUGUAAAUUGUUUGAAAAUGUUAGAGUUUCUGAACAACUGGAAAAGGAGUAGAGAUGAGGAGAGGGAAAGAUGAAGAGAAAAUUAUUGGGCCUAUGUUUCCAAGGCUUCAUGUAAAUGAUACAGAGAAAGGAGGGCCAAAAGCACCUCCAAGAAACAAGAUGGCCCUUUAUGAGCAACUGAGCAUCCCUUCACAUAGAUUCAGUCGUGGAGUUUUGCCUCUUAAUCCCGCUAGUAACACCGCAGCUUCUUCAAUCCAGGGGGGUGGAAAUGAAAAGGGUGCAUUUUUGCCACGUCAGCUGCCUGCCAGACAUCAGGCUGAGGAAGCAUAUAGCCAAUAUUCUGAUUUGAGCAAUCCGUUAACACAAGUUGGGCUGAAAAAGAAAUCUGACGAAGAUGAUUGUACAGUUCCCAUCUUCAUUCAUUCUAGGCCAAGUCAAGACCCUAGUAAGAAUUUUAAUGACGUCGAAAGGAAAAAACUCCCUCCCUCCAAACAUACUAAUCCCAAUCCCUCAAUGAAAUUUGUAAAAAAUAAUCAUAAGAGCAUGAUUGGACACGGUAUGAGAAAAGAAAGCAAAACGCAGAAGGAAGAGAAUUUGAAAGAGUUUGUGGCUUGCCAAAAUCCAUUAGUUAAAGCCUUCUCAAAUUCUUCAUCAACAAAUAAGGCUGGAGGUCUGCAGAAACAAAGACAUGAUCCUGGUAAUAGUAUUGACAGAGUGAAGAAUUGCAGAAUACAGUCCGAGCUCAGUGCCGAGUCGCAACCUGCUUCUACUGUGCAUGGUAAUGUUGUUUUGAAGAAGCAUGGUACAGACAUAGAGAAAAGAAAUUCUUCUAUACCAAUGAAGGAUUUUUCUUCAGAAGAGGAGAACAUUGUUUAUGAUACCAGUAACGAUGCAGAGACCCCUGAAGACAGGGGUGACUGUUUGUCUGAGACUUCAAUGGUCGAUUCUAUAUCUGGAUUCGAUUUUUCACCUGAUGAUGUUGUUGGAGUAAUAGGUCAGAAACAUUUUUGGAAAGCCAGGAGGGCUAUAGUUCAUCAACAAAAAGUUUUUGCAGUUCAAGUAUUUGAGUUGCAUAGAUUAUUAAAGGUUCAGAGAUCGAUUGCUGGUUCUCCUCAUCUUUUGCUUGAGGAUGCUGCUUAUUUGGGUAAACCCGUAAAGGCUUUGCCAGCAGAGAAACUUCCAUUGGACUAUAAUGUCAAAAUGCCUCUGAAUGUUUCCAAGCGAAAAAUGGACUCUGAUAAGCCGAGCCCUCCAAUGGAAUGCUCUGCUGAGAAUACUGUGGAGAAGGCAUCUGUUUCUUCUGUGCAAUAUAGUUUACCACCAUUUUCAGGAAACCCUCCUGCACCAUCAGUAAGUGGUGCCAAUAAUUUUGGACCAUGGUGUUUUAAUCAACCGAAUGGGCACCAGUGGCUGAUUCCCGUGAUGACUCCUGAAGGACUCGUAUACAAACCGUAUCCGGGACCAGGAUUUAUGGGCCCUGUCUGUGGAGGUUAUGGACCCCAUGGAUCAACUCCAGCACACGGGUUUCUAGCUCCGCAUUAUCAGUAUCAACUACCUUCAUUCCCUACAGCUGGACCUCAUGGAUACUUCUCUCCAUAUGGCAUGCCACUUGUGAAUCCAGCCUUUUCAGGUUCAUCUGUUGAGCAGGUAAACCAUGUUACCAUGCACGACCAGUUAUCGGCUGAGGAAGCUAAUAGCAGUCCGCACCAUCAGCACUCAUUCAAUAUGCCGAGCCAGAAGUGCGGCAUUUUCCCGGAUGUUUCUUCAUUGAAUGUAUCUAAGGAUAGUGAAUUAAAAGCGCUCACACCAAGUAAUCCGAGAGAAAACGGGAAACGUAAUGCUGGGGAAGGAAGAAACAUGCUUCGACUUUUCCCGACGUCUCCAAGUCUUGACAUCCCCAACUGUAGCCCUCAGCCUCUCGAACCCGAAUGCCCUGCACGAGUGAUAAAGGUUGUUCCUCACAAUGCCAUGUCUGCAACGGAAUCUGCUGCUCGAAUUUUUAUGUCUAUACAAGAAGAGAGGAAACAGUAUGAUUCAGUGUAGCCAAAAUUAGUUUAGUUGAUCUUUCUUUGAACUUGCCUGUAAUUGUGUUACUGAACUUUUAUAUGAUAGUAUGUAUAAAUUCUGUAUAUAAUUUUCGGAGAGAUGUCUGCAGUCUAUUUCUGUAAUUGUUUAUGAGAAUUUGCCUUGAAAUUUAGUUCAGUAAUUUACGGUUUGGGUUUUAAAUAA